AACAUCAAAGAAGAAGUAGAAGAAGAAGCAGAACCCCGGAGCAGAGGCUAACGACCAGCUGAUCACAGUAAACAGCUCUACUGACUGACAGGCUGCUGGAGAGGUUUGUCCCGGUUUGUCCCGGAUUCUCUCGGUUUAUCUCUGCCAUGCCCAAACCCGGAUGACCUGAGGCUCUCACUGAUAACAGGAUCCAGACCUCCAGCUCCUUAUGGCUGUAUAUGAUGAGAACAUCCUGAAGAAUCAGUUCUACUUGGCGUUGGAGAAGCAGAGACCGGACCUCUGCAGCCGAGUAGCAGAGCUCCACGGCAUCGUUCUGGUGCCGUGUUGUGGAAGUUUGACCGUCAGCAGCUUCUCAGACUCUCAGUUUGACAGCUAUGUCCUGCAGCCGGUGGAGGACGGAUACAAGACUCUGGAUGGAAAGGAGGUGCGGAUCCAGAACAGGCAGGUCCUGCUGGGGUCCGACUUCCCGGCUCCCUCAUCGGUCCCCAUCCUGUUUGAGGAAACCUUCUACAACGACCAGGAGCAGAGCUACAGCAUCCUGUGCAUCUCCAGGCCCGUCGAGGAGGACCCGAGCCCGGCCGAGCUGGGCCCGCCGCCCCCUUACUGCCUGAAGAGCCUGGAGGACGUCAGGGAGUUCCUGGGACGCCACGCCCAGAAACUGGACAAAUUCAUCCACGGCUUCUGUCAGGCCUUCAGAGAGCAGGAGAGGAAGGGACUCCGACACCACAUAGACUCAGUGAACGGUCUUUACACUAAAUGUCUUCAGUGUCUGCUGAGAGACUCUCGUCUGAAACUUCUGGCGAAGCAGGAGCUUCAGAUGACUCUCCUCAAACAGGCGGUAGAGAUGUAUGUUCAUCAUGGUAUCCAUGAUUUAAUUUUUAACUUCGUGGGAACGCUUGAAGCCAGCCAGGAUGCUGCCUUCAACAAAACCACCAGGAGUCUGCAGGAGCUGCAGCAAAAAGAGCUGGGAGUGAAACCUGAGUUCAGUAUAAACUUGUCUCGGGCAAAGAGAGAGCUGAGUCAGCUCAACCAGCAGACCUCCCCCCUCCUCAAACUGCUCUGCCUGCGCCGAGUCGUCCUGACCGCCACCCAGACACCCAGAGCCAGUGUCAGUAUCGAGGCUGUGUGUGCCGACGACCUGCUCUCUGUCAUCCUCUAUCUGCUGGUGAAGACUGAAAUCCCCAACUGGAUGGCCAACCUGAGCUACAUCAGGAACUUCUGCUUCAGCCACUCCAGUAAAGACGAACUCAGCUACUGUCUGAGCACCUUCGAGGCUGCAGUGGAGUACAUCAACCUGGGGAGGCUUAACUCUGGUUCAGGUGAGCUGAAUGACAAGGCGUUGUUCAAAGAGAGGAUGAGACUGCUGUCUCAGAGCGCCGCCACGCCCAUCCACUGUCUGUUUGAGCACAUAGCCAAUGGAAAUGAAGCAGAGGUGCAACGUCUGCUGAGUGAAGGAGAGAGCAACGAGGACGUCAGGAUGUGUCAUCCUCUCUGCUCCUGUGACCUCUGUGACCUCCAGCUGUCCGGGGAGCAGGUCCUCUUCCCGGAGCCAACCGACCUGUUUCUAGAGAGGCGGUUGAACGACCCAUCCAUCGUCACGCCGUUCUCCAGAGAUGACCGAGGUUACACUCCGCUGCACGUCGCUGCGAUCUGCGGUCAGUCCCAGCUGAUCGACCUGCUGGUGUGUAAAGGAGCGCCGGUCAACGCCACAGACUACCACGCCCUCGCACCGCUGCACCUGGCCUGCCAGCGGGGAUACCAGGGAGUCACGCUGCUACUGCUGCACUACAAGGCCAACACGGACGCUCAGGACAACAACGGCAACGCGCCGCUGCACCUCGCCUGCAUGUACGGACACGAGGACUGUGUGAAGGCGUUGGUGUACUACGACGUCCAAACGUGCCGCCUGGACCUGCAGAACGAUAAAGGCGACACGGCGCUGCACAUGGCGGCCCGCUGGGGCUACGAGGGAAUCAUCCAGGUGCUGCUGGAGAACGGAGCGAGCACCGACAUCCUCAACAAGAGCAAAGACUCACCGCUGCAGUGUGCACUCAACUCCAAGAUCCUCGUGUUGUUGCAGUCGAAUCAGAACGGCCGUCAGCACAGCGGAGUCGAUUCUCCCAGUCGCUCCCCUCUGGCCUCAGACUGCAGCAGCCGUCGCUCCUCCGUCUCCAGCACGUCCUCUAUGGGCUCCGAGGCCAAACCAGAAGGAGAACGGGUCCGACACAGAGAGGUGGAGAAGCUGCUGCGGGCAGUGGCCGACGGUGACGUGGAGAUGGUGCGUUACCUGUUGGAGUGGAUGGAUGAGGAAGAGGAGGAUGAAGGAGAGCUUCGGUCCGAGGCUCUGCUCUGCCACCCGCUGUGUCAGUGUCCGAACUGCGCUCCCACUCAGAAGCUGUCUGUCCUUCAGGCCGGAACUCUCGGGGUUAACAGCUGUAACAUUGACGGUUUCACGCCGCUCCAUGUCGCCGCCCUGCACGGCCGCUCUGCGCUGGCCGCCCUGCUGAUCCGCCACGGAGCCAACGUCAACGCCCGCACCAACCAGAGCGCCACACCGCUCCACCUGGCCAGCCAGAGCAGCCACGUCCAGGUGAUGAGGUUUCUGCUUGAGUGCAACGCUAAACUGAACAAGAAGGAUCACUACGGCAACACACCACUAAUACAGGCCUGUCUCUGUGGAAACCUGGAGACGGCCACCACCUUGUUACAGAGCGAUGCGUUGGUGAACGUGGCGAACCUUCAGGGGAACACGGCGCUACAUGAGGCGGUGCGGGGCGGACACCAGGCGCUGGUGGAGCUGCUGCUGAGGGGCGGAGCCUCGCCUGGCCUCAGGAACAAGAGGCAGAGGACGCCGCUGGACUGCGCUUACGAACUGGGCGGCAAGAACACGGAGAUCCUGAGAGCUCUGCAGACAGCGUCUGGACUUUCUCCCGAUGCUGAACCAAUCAAACUCCUCUCUGUGCCCAAAGGAGCUCUGGCUCAUUCGUUCGUGCAGCGUCUGCGGUUGCAGGAUCACGCCAACGGCAGGAGACAGAAGCUGGCCCAGUCCAUCAGCAGGAUUCAGCAGAUGAAGAAAGGGUCCUCUGGUCCUCUCUCCAGGUGUUCAACUAACCUGAACCAGGGGAAUCCAGACAGGAGGAGGUUGAGGCGAGGGGAGACGGUGGAGGUCAGCUGCCCCUCUGCGAGCCUCGACGCCGGGCCCCGGCUGAGAGAGCGGCCCCUGGGUCGCUGUCACACCCUGGACUUAGGAGAACAAACACUGGAGCCGCCGGAGCCCGCACACACUCCGGACAUGACUGAAUACACUCCACAAGAGGGUGAUCUGACAGACGACACACACACUGACGACACGCUGUCAGCAGGUGUUCAGACGUCCAGAGACGAUACUCAGCCUGAAACAAAUGAAACACACUCCGCUGAUGACUGCAGCACCAGUAGUGACACGUCAACUUCAUCGCCCUCUAACACUGAUAACCCGUCUGAACCCCGACCUACACACACCACAAAAUCAUCUCCCUCUAACGCUAAUAACCCGUCUGAACCUACACACAUCUCAACAUCAUCGCCCUCUAAAACUGAUAACCCGUCUGAACCCCAACCUACACACACCUCAACAUCUUCACCCUCUAACGCUGAUAACUCGUCUGAACCCCAACCUACACACACCUCAACAUCUUCACCCUCUAACGCUGAUAACCCGUCUGAACCCCAACCUACACACACCUCAACAUCUUCACCCUCUAACACUGAUAACCCGUCUGAACCCCAAUCUACACACACCUCAACAUCUUCACCCUCUAACGCUGAUAACCCGUCUGAACCCCAACCUACACACACCUCAACAUCUUCACCCUCUAACACUGAUAACCCGUCUGAACCCCAACCUACACACACCUCAACAUCUUCACCCUCUAACACUGAUAACCCGUCUGAACCCCAACCUACACACACCUCAACAUCUUCACCCUCUAACACUGAUAACCCGUCUGAACCCCAACCUACACACACCUCAACAUCUUCACCCUCUAACACUGAUAACCCGUCUGAACCUACACACACCUCAGCAUCAUCGCCCUCUGAUGCUGAUAACCCGUCUGAACGCCAUCCUACACACACCUCUACAUCUUCACCCUCUAAUGCUGAUAACCCGUCUGAACCUACACACACCUCUACAUCAUCACCCUCUGACGCUGAUAACCCGUCUGAACCUACACACACCUCAGCAUCAUCGCCCUCUGACGCUGAUAACCCGUCUGAACCCCAACCUACACACACCUCAAAAUCAUCGCCCUCUAAUGCUGACAACCUGUCUGAACGCUCUCCUAAACACACCUCAACAUCAUCACCCUCUAAUGCUGAUAACCCGUCUGAACUUACACACACCUCAACAUCCUCGCCCUCUAACGCUGAUAACCCAUCUGAACGCCAUCCUACACACACCUCAACCACUUCCUCUGCUUCACGCAACCCCACCGAGCCGUCCGACACCAACAGCCAGAGUCUCCCCCCUCUAAACGGACAGUCAGAGUCACCUGACGACCAACCUCACACCGACAACGAGGCUUUGCAGUCAGAAAGCAAGGACGCAGACUCCAGUCCCACCUGCCCAACAAUCCAGACUGAUGGAGGCGAUCAGAGAGACGCCGACAAAACAACAGAAAGGAGCGGAGAGUCGAGUCAUGGAGGCUGCGACUGAAGUGGACACGUUGUUGUGAGGAGUCGUGCAGAGAGAUUACAGAGGAGCACAAAACUUUUGGUUUCCUUUUCCCUCGACGUAACAACAAAAAGGCCAAAAUGAAAAGCACACAAUUUGAGAUGAGAUGUGACUCACUGAUGAAGCUGCACCUGCUGAGCUGGUAGAAAGCACACAGUGAAGUCACAUUUCUGGGGCCGGCUGACGAAGCUAAAGCAGCUCUUUUAACAGUUUUAAUCUACAGAAACAAUGCCGGCAUGAGUUUGAAGCACUUUCUUCUUCCAGCCUUCACAAAAUAAAAAGGGAUGCAAACUGACGUUAUUUUAGUUUGUAUGAACGCUGUUGCUUUAGUUUUGUUUUUAGUUAGACUGUAGCUCUGAUCCGACCACCAGACUUCAUUUGAAGUUGUUUUACUUGAAUCCUAGACAUUGGCUUGUUUUCAGUGUUAGAGACGGAUUUACAGUUUGGUUGGUUUGCUCGUUAAACAUCAUACUACUACACUUAUAAUUUUAUUAGGAUCAUUUUAUUUUAUUUAUGACCUUUGUUGACGGUAGUGUGUUGUAGAGAGAGGUUCAGCUUCUCUUGAAUGUUAGGAUGUGUUUUCUCCACAGAUAUAGAGCAGGUUAAAGGAUUACAUUUUUUUAAUGUUUAUAUCCCAUUAAUUAUAAAUCUUAUAUUUUACAUCACUGUCACUGUUUUCAAAAUCAUACCAACUUAUUUUAGAUUGAUUUCCUUCCUUAUAACCAUUUAUUUGAUUUAUUUCUAUAAAAAUCUUGAAGACUUGAAACUUGCUGCUCACAGUCAACAUGUGUUGUUGUUUGUGAGAGUUAUAUUAUCACUGCAUUGUAAUGGAGUUCAGGAGCCAUUUUCAUAUACAUAUAUUUAUUUAUUUAACCAGGAACGUGCUCUACUUAGAUAAAAAAUCUAUUUUACAGUAGCGUCCAGCAGCACAUAGGACAUAUAAUUUACAAAAUAUGUGAUGAACAUAGACUUAUGAUUGGGCUCCAGGAAUUUUUUUUACUGUUUUGUGAUAUUUUGUAGACCAAAAAAAUAAUUUAUGAAAAGAGAAAAUAAUUGGCAGAUUAAUUGAUAACAACUAAAAAGAAUGAGUUGAAGUUUUAGUGACUUGAUCUAUAUCAUUAUUUUACAUAAUUUUGCAUUUGCCAUAUCAUGAUAUAAGAAAGAUAUUAGCAAAGAUUCUUUAUUUAAAUUAGUAAUUAAAUAGGAUUUUAAGCAAGUUUCAUGUCUCUGCAAGUUGAUUUUCACAACGUACUGAAAUUAAGUAAAACGAAUGGCUGCCUGCAGGUAGAUCAAUCUAAAAAAAAAAAAAAAGAAUUUAUGAUUUGGAAACUGGUGAGCAGUGAUGUAAAACAUGGAGAUGUUAAUGAAUGAAAUACAACAUGCAAAACCACCAGUUUGGUCCUUUAACAUUAGAGGAUAUUUACAACAUAAUGAAACAGCUACAAUGCCGUAGAGUCGUCACCAUCAGUGUUACUGUUCACACUAAUAGUCACCUUACAUAGUUCACUUAUUUUAUGUUUCAGUGAGGAUGAAGCUCACUGCUUCAGUUUAAACUGACCUCUUUGACCUUCUGGUCUUUAUGUUUCGAUCUGUUUUUUCACUGUCAACUGUCCGUUUGUUUCCACUCUCCUUCGAUGCGUCGACUGUUUUUUGUCCCGUCACACACAGAAACAUUCACUGAGUCUUCAGCAAAGCGGCGUCUUUGUGUUUCAGUGUCUAAUUUAAGAUGUCAAACCCAAUCAGAAGUCAAGUCUUAAUUAUUUUUGUACCACUGUUUUUAUUUCCAGGUUUGGAUGUUUAGAAAUGAUGUGAAUGUGCCUUAUUUAAGUCACACCUAAAUAACCAAUAAUAAAACUAUCAUUGAAACGAA